CCACUCCGAUUCCUGUCACUUCUCAGAAUCCCUCCGUGGUGGCCAUGGCUCUGCCACCCUUCUUCACCCCGGGUCGCCCGGGCCCGCCGCCCCCGCAGCCGCCGCCUCCCGCUCCCUUCGGCUGUCCGCCACCGCCGCUACCCUCCCCGGCUUUCCCGCCGCCUCUUCCCCAGCGGCCCGGCCCCUUCCCGGGGGCCUCCGCCCCCUUCCUCCAGCCCCCGCUGGCUCUGCAGCCCCGGGCCCCCGGGGAAGCCUCCCGCGGCGGCGUUGGCGGCGGCGGCGGCGGCGGCUCCUUCUAUCCGGUGCCGCCGCCGCCGCUGCCUCCGCCGCCGCCCCAGUGCCGGCCCUUCCUAGGGAACGACGCCGGUGAGCGACCGCGGCCGCCGCCUCCAGGCCCCGGGCCGCCCUGGAGCCCGCGCUGGCCUGAGGCACCGCCGCCGUCCGAUGUGCUCGGGGACGCGGCCCUGCAGCGCCUGCGCGACCGGCAGUGGCUAGAGGCGGUGUUCGGAACCCCGCGGCGGGCCGGCUGCCCGGUGCCCCCGCGCGCGCCCGCCGGGCCCAGCCUGGGCGAGGUGCGCGCCCGGUUGCGCGGGGCCCUGCGCCUGGUGCGGCGGCUGCGCGACCUGGGCCAGGCCCUGCGCGAGGCCGAGGCCGACGGCGCGGCCUGGGCACAGCUGCACGCGCAGGCACAGCCGCUGCGCGCCGAGCUGGCCGAGCGACUCCGGCUGCUGACCCAGGCCGCCUAUCUGGGCGAGGCGAGGCGCAGGCUGGAGAGGGUCCGGCGCCGCCGGCUGCGGCUUCGCGAGAGGGCCCGGGAACGCGAGGCCGAGCGGGAGGCGGAGGCCGCGCGGGCAGCGGAGCGCGAGCAGGAGAUUGACCGCUGGAGGGUCAAGUGCGUGCAGGAGGUGGAGGAGAAGAAGCGGGAACAAGAACUUAAAGCUGCUGCUGAUGGUGUCUUAUCUGAAGUGAGGAAAAAACAAGCAGACACCAAAAGAAUGGUGGACAUUCUUCGGGCCUUGGAGAAAUUGAGGAAACUCAGGAAAGAGGCUGCAGCAAGGAAAGGGGUCUGUCCUCCAGCCUCAGCAGAUGAGACGUUUGAGCAUCACCUUCAACGACUGAGAAAACUCAUUAAAAAACGCUCUGAACUAUAUGAAGCUGAAGAGAGAGCCCUCAGAGUCAUGUUGGAAGGAGAACAAGAGGAAGAGAGGAAAAGAGAAUUAGAGAAGAAACAGAGGAAAGAAAAAGAGAAAUUUUUACUUCAGAAGCGUGAAAUUGAGUCUAAGUUAUUUGGGGAUCCAGAUGAGUUCCCUCUCGCUCACCUCUUGCAGCCUUUCCGGCAGUAUUACCUCCAAGCUGAGCACUCCCUGCCAGCGCUCAUCCAGAUAAGGCAUGAUUGGGAUCAGUACCUGGUACCAUCAGAUCAUCCCAAAGGCAACUCCGUUCCCCAAGGAUGGGUCCUUCCCCCGCUCCCCAGCAACGACAUCUGGGCAACCGCCAUUAAGCUGCGUUAGUAGAGAUGUUCCAGGAUUGUCGUCCAGCCAAGGCUGUUUCCAGCUCUAAGUAUCAUGACGCUGCCAUCUUCUUGUACCGUAGACUAAACCACAACCUCUAAACUCCCAGAAGUUACAUUUUCCUUCCGUCCUCUGUCCUGGCCAGAGGUGCCUCUUGAAUCAGGAGAUUAAUAUGGUUCUUCAGGAAAGGGCCUAGGUGAACUGAGGUUAUUAUGACAGGCAGUGGCCUUGGUUCACCAAAUUUGCCUCUCUUUCGAGGGGCUUGGUCCUGAGUGACUUGUAAGUUUACUCUUAUCUUUCUUGUGUGGUGAUGGGUAAGUACAUUCUGUACACUCAUACCCUCGACACAGGUGUGCACUGGGUAGAUUUAGCGGUCCUUCCCCCGGUACUGCUUGUUUAGGCAGACUUGAUGCAAAACCUCCAUUACCUUUCUUACCCAUAGAGCCCCCUAACUUCCAGGAAGAAAUGUCAGAAAUGCUUUAUCUUUGGUUUUGUGAAUCCCACUUCUGGUGCAGCUGAAGAGGCUGCACUGCCAGAAAAGCUGGUGGCCUCCUCUGGUAGUCACGUGGAGAACUUGGAAAGCCUGAAGAGCACCUGUACCCAAACUGGAUUGUGUUUUAAUGGAUGAUGGCUGCAUUUUCCCCGUGUUACAAGGAUCCUGAUGAAAGCACCUGCUUUUUAAAUUCCUAGAGGUCUGGUGGUUCAGAAUCCCCAAGGAUAAAAAUUAAUUUCCUUAUGAGAAUGGGAACUUGAUUAACCUCACUCAGUCACACUGUGGAAGCUGGUAUAGUGGAAACUGGAAUUUUCUUAGGAACUCAAGCUUCCAAAAAUAUACAUGUAGUUUAAGGUGGGGGAAAUGCAGGUAAAAAUAAUAAAAUUUAUUUUUUAUAUUCAUUAAUAAAUGCUGUUGUGCCUGGAGAUGAUCAAUCACAUAUGUCAGGGUUUUUUUUUGUUUUUCUUUUUGUCAUUUAUUGUGUUAUUUAUAUUUCCAAAAAGCUAAAUAAAUAUUUUUGUUUUUUAGCUUGA